CACCUUAAAAUAAUCGUGUUACUAGGACUAUGGUAGGAAGGUAACAAAGAUCUUCACGAAGAAGAGCUUCAUGUGGUUAUAUCUAAUGUCAUGCAACACUAGCGGUGUAUCCCAGCCUUGCCCAUGUCACGGGUAUGGGGCGUUUCGUGAACCUGAUAGACGUCGAAAUAAUUCCUGCGAGCUAUGUGAGAGGCGAUUCAAGAGAAUUAUAAAGGCUGCAGUGACCUGGAAAACCAAAGAGUAUCUCAUGCUCAUACCCUAACCACAAGCACCUCAGAAUCCACUUACCUAUUCAACGCUCUUCCCCACAAGAUGAAGCUCUCCGCAACUAUCGCAGCACUCUCCGCUACGGUCGCCCUCGCUGCCCCAGUGGCAGACAACGCCGAUAAGCGCGCCACAACCGGGGUAUACCUCUGUAAUGAUCGCGGGUUCACUGGCUACUGCGUUCACAUCCCCUCGGCUCCGAGCCAGUGCGUUCCACUCGCCGCCGAUCUCAACGACUUGGUCAGCGCGGCAGGCCCUGACAAAGGUAGCUUCUGCUACUUUUUCGUGAACCCCAAUUGCGACACGAGUGCCGAUUUCUUCCACGUCGGACAUCCUGGUGUCGCUGAUUUGUCCAAGACGCCCGUCAAUGGGCCUACCGGUUCUACCAGAAACUUCGAGGAUAAGCUGAGCAGCUACUUCUGCGUCAACGAGUAGUUGUUUGAAAGAUAGGGAGAUAAGUGACGAUGAUAGGGUAGUUGAUUAGUUG